GGCCGCCCCGCGCGAUGGCGGCGGAGCGCGGCACCACGGACGUGCGGCCGCCGCACCGCUUCGACCAGGGCAGCUUGGAGCGCUACCUCUGCCGCCACCUGCCCGGCUUCCCCCGGCGGCCCGCCGCGGCGCUGGCCGUCCGGCAGUACAGCUCAGGCCAGUCAAAUCCAACCUUUUAUCUCCAGAAGGAUGGGCAGGCUUACGUACUAAGGAAGAAGCCUCACGGUCCUCUCUUACCAAAAGCUCACAAGGUUGAUAGAGAAUAUCGUGUGCAGAAAGCCUUAUUUUCAGCUGGAUUUCCAGUCCCCGAGCCCCUGUUGUACUGCAGUGAUGUUUCUGUCAUUGGAACGGAGUUUUAUGUAAUGCAGCAUGUGGAGGGUCGCAUCUUCCGAGACAUCUCGCUGCCUGAAGUGGGCCCAGCAGAGCGUUCUGCUUUGUAUAUUGCAAUGAUAGAAACCUUGGCCCUGCUGCACUCCUUUGAUUUGCAGUCAUUAGGUCUCCAAGGAUAUGGCAGAGGACCAGGAUAUUGCAGAAGACAGGUGUCAACUUGGAAAAGACAGUAUGAUGCAGCUGCUCAUACAGAUAUUCCUGCCAUGAACCAGCUGGCUGAGUGGUUAGCAAACAACUUGCCACCUGAUGAUAGUGAAGAAACACUGAUUCAUGGGGAUUUUAGAAUAGAUAACAUCAUCUUCCAUCCAACAGAGGCUCGUGUUUUGGCAGUGCUGGACUGGGAGCUUUCAACUACUGGUCAUCCUUUAUCAGAUUUAGCAUAUGCCACUUUAUUCUACUUUUGGCCUACAUCUAUUAAGGACUUAGGUGAAGGCACUGUCUUUCGAUUCAAAGGCACCGUAGAAACUCCUUCCUUUGAAGAACUGAUUUCCAUUUACUGCCGCUGCCGGGGUAUCAGCACUACUUUUUCCAACUUGAAUUUUUUCCUUGCUUUAGCAUAUUUUAAAAUGGCAGGAAUAUCCCAGGGUAUAUAUGCCAGAUAUCUCCUUGGAAAUGCUUCUGCAGAGAAUAGUCAUGAAUUUUCUAAGAUGGUGAAGCCUUUGGCAGAGAGAGGAUUAGAGCUCUCAAAAAGAUCAUCUUUCAGCAGCAGAGCACAUCACAGAAUUUCAGGAGAGUUGUUCCAUCAAAGUAGGAAAGGUGAAGAAAUUCUGGUGAAGGUAAAGCAGUUCAUGACACAGCACAUAUAUCCAGCUGAAAAGGAAAUAAUAAAAUACUAUACUGAACACGGAAAUGCUGAGGAAAAAUGGAAGAAACCGCCAGUGCUUGAGAGACUGAAGGAAAUGGCGAAAGCAGAAGGUCUGUGGAACCUUUUUCUCCCAGAUGUCAGUGGUCUCAGCCAGCUUGACUAUGCACUAAUAGCUGAAGAGACAGGGAAAUGUUUCUUUGCCCCUGAAGUUUUCAACUGUCAUGCACCUGACACUGGAAAUAUGGAGGUCCUGCACAUGUAUGGGACAGAAGAGCAAAAGAAAGAGUGGCUUGAGCCUCUUCUUGAAGGAAAGAUUAGUUCAUGUUUCUGCAUGACAGAACCUGAUGUAGCUUCAAGUGAUGCCACCAAUAUGCAGUGCAGCAUUGAGCGAGAUGGAAACAGUUACGUGAUCAACGGCAAGAAGUGGUGGAGCAGUGGUGCUGGGAAUCCAAAUUGCAAAGUUGCGAUAGUAAUGGGCAAAACGAAAAAUUCCUCAGCAUCCAGGUACAAGCAGCACAGUAUGAUCAUUGUUCCUAUGGACACUCCAGGGCUGAAGCUGAUAAGACCUCUCUCAGUGUUUGGCUACCUGGAUGAGAUCCACGGAGGACAUUUUGAGAUACACUUUAAUGAUGUGCGUGUACCUCUGUCUAAUAUAAUACUGGGUGAAGGAAGAGGGUUUGAGAUAGCUCAAGGUCGGCUUGGGCCAGGCCGUAUUCAUCACUGCAUGAGGUCUAUUGGUGCAGCUGAAACUGCUUUACAGAUACUGUGCCAGCGUGCAGCAGAGAGAGUGACUUUUGGGAAGAAAUUGUACCAUCAUGAAGUUGUUGCCCACUGGAUUGCUGAAUGCCGCCUUCACAUAGAACAGGCUCGACUACUUACACUGAAAACAGCUAGAAUUAUAGACAUGGUGGGCAACAGACAAGCGAGGAAAGAGGUAGCCAUGACUAAAGUGGUUGUGCCUAGAGCUGUCCUUAAAGUGAUUGACUGUGCAAUCCAAGUCUGUGGUGGAGCUGGAGUUUCCCAGGAUUUUCCUUUGGCUUUUAUGUUUGCUUAUAUACGGACCUUGCGCCUGGCAGAUGGGCCAGAUGAAGUACAUCUCUCAACCAUUGCAAAGUGGGAACUACUUGACCAAUCAAAGAAGCUAACUGCAAAAAUUUAAUGUCAGCCUAAAACAAUGUCAUGCACAUGGAGAAUUUCAGAAAGACGAUUGCACUGGUCAAAGCAAUAACACUGUUAAAGCUAAAGUUAGAUGAGCACAAAAACCUUGAUUCUAGCUUGAAGCAAGAUGCAUUCCUUUAACCCCUCCUUAUAACUACUGCAUUUACAAAUCAAGGGCUUGCUGCAAGUCUGUAGACUUUCACAUCUGUGAAAUAAGAGCACUUUAAACACUCAGCUGAUGGGUUCUUCUCAUGACUGAAUAAAGUUCAUUUUCUAACAAGCUUAACAUGCUUUAUUUGUUCUGAGCCAAAGCCUUUUAACCUUUCUGAAGUUCUAAAACAUCAGAGGUUCCUCAACUCCACUAUUGCAGCAGUACUCACCAGUAAGUGUUCUUUGGCAUCACCUACUUAACACAAAAAUUGUUCAGAGCCAGUAGAUUAUAGGAAAGAGAAACAACAGUGCAAUAUUCUGUAAGGUAGGACAAUCUUUUUUCCAGCACGUGUGCACAGUUGCAGCUUGUACAAAGGAUGCAAUUUUUUUUUUUUUAAACACACACUAAGACCAGUAAACAAGCCUUCACUGCAAAGGUGUCAGCUUCCCAGCUAACAUUACUCCUUCUGCUGGAGCCUGAGAAGUGAAAAACUAUGGGGCUAAAGGUCUAACUUGCUGGAGUCUCAGCCUGAAGACUGAGCCAAGCCAGGUAACCAUUCACUUGAAGGGCAACAGCUGCUAAAAUCAGGAAGUUGAGAUACCGAUAGCUCCCAGCAACUAGAACUUGCAGCUUUCUGCAAAUAAGUUUCAUACAUCUAUUACUUCAUUGCGUGGCAAACUAAGAUUAUGAUCUCCUGGGAAAAAAAAAAAGUAGUAAUGAUUGUUUAUAUUUCCAUCUAUCUUGGUUUCCUCUUACUUCCUGCCAAGGCUGUUUCAUAGAAGGUUGAGAAUAUCAACAAGUCAGUUGCUGAAUUGCAGUUCAAAUACAAAACAAGCUACACCACACAUUUGUUUCUGGUUCAGGAGUUCUACUGCCCUAAGGGUGUGUGUCAGGACUCACAAACCCUGAUGUUUUCCUAAGCAAGACUCCCAAGGAUGCCCCUUUAACUGCACUCAAAUUAAGGUCCACCCCCCGACACACACUCUCCAAAGAACAGCUACAUAAAAACACCUCCUUUCUCAUUAACAAGGCUCUUAAUUCCCUUUAUUUUAAAAUUUUAUGUACAUAUGAAUGAUCUGUAUAAUGUACACUCAAUAUAGAAAGUUUUUAUAUACUGGAUAAUGUAUAGAACAUUUCACAAUUACACUAAUUUCUUACAUAACAUGUCAACUUUUAAGUUUUUUGCUGAAGCUUUCUCAAUUUGGUAAAGCCAGUUAUACAUAUGAAUGUCUAAUGCUGUUUGAUCUCAGGAAGAUAAUGUUAAUGAUUAAGGUCAGUGAACUGGGCAGGGACAAACCCUUUGCAAGUUGUGUUCAAUGGAGAAUGAUCAUGUCAGGCUGGGAAGAGAAGGGAAUGCCCUUUUAGUGGGGGUAGGGGGUCAGUGAGGUCAAAGUGAUUUAGCCCAAUUCCUCUAGACUGUAGCUCAACUCCAGUCAUGCUAAUUCAUAAAAUAUAAAAACUAGGAAAGUUUGAUUCACAGUCUUGUAAACAAAUAUAAAGGAACAAAAUGUGCUUAUGUACAACAAGAAAAAAAUUCUUGUGUACCCAUUUCAACUGAUCCACAGAGUGCUUUCUUAUGUUACAGUGUGAUAGUUAGGAUCACUGACUUUCCUAAAAAAAACAAACAGUCAUAGAAAAAGGAAUAACACUGUCAUUAAAGAUUUUGAAAGGCAGUAAAGUUCACUUCAAUGUUAGAGGAAAAUGCUGUUCCUCAUCACUGGCCAGUCUGCCUUUGUCUUUCCACAAGAAUUUCCAAUCCUUAGCUGACAUCUCCCACAUCAUUGUCUACUGGGGGUGGUACGUUGGGCAUUACAGAUGAUGUCGUCCCUGCAGUAAGGUAACCAGCAACUCCAGGGCCUUUAAGGAAAGAAAAAAAAAAAAAAACAGAAUAUUGGUAAUUAGUAUUGAUUUUGAAGUGACUGAACAGCUGUAUUCUCCCUGGUCGCACUCAAAGUCAAUCACCUUAAACAAGAUCAUUUAGAAGUUUUAGAUUCUUCAUAAUCUAGGAAGACUAGGAAUUCAAGGGUCUUAGUCCUCUUAGCCACUAAAGCGACUUACAUAGACCAUUCUUAGAAAAGCACAGCAUUUUUUUUUCCCCCAUUCUGAUAUAGAUUCCAAAAAUCAACAGUAUUACCCAUCUUGUCUACCACCAGGGAAGGGGUGGGGCUUCCUUUGCUAAGGAAAGGAUCUGCUGCAGAAGUGCAGUGACUUCAAUCAUGCACUCCAUUACUCCACAUUUACGCUUUCAGCAUUGGAAGGGUUUUCCCCAACCACGUAACUGGGGCAAGCUCAAUGUACUGCUUCAUGAGCAGGCAGAACUGCCUCGUGUUUGUCUACAGCAGCUCUUUGUGCUUUCCGUUAAGAAAGGAAACGGUAUUCUUGGGAUGCACAGUCUCCAUACCAGAGAUGCAAAGCACCUUUCAUUAGCCAAUCUAAACAGAUUAGUGUAUGGGUCAGUUUUGUACUGCAAACAAAGCAUCUCUUCCCAAUGCUUAGACUUAUUUUAGUCACUACAGAAAUCUGCACCAAAAGCUUUAAGAUUACUCAUGUUGCUGCAUGAGGUGUUUUAAUGGCAACUCUUAUCAGAUUAGUAAUUGUAGAAAACUGCCCACACUCAACAUGUUUGAGUUAGUGAUUGACUUUGUAUCAGAUCUUCAGCCUACAGAGUCAAUAACCCUAAAUAGGAAGAGUUCUGCUUGGUCCUUUACACUUCCCUUAAGUUCUCCCCUAUUUACUAUCCCUUCACCCCCCACCCUCCCUUCUCACACCACAGCCACAAUGUCAGUGUUGUUUGUCAACAGCCCUGUGAUGCUACUGCAAGCAAGAGAGCAAACCACGUGGUGCCUUCAGUAACGAGCUCCCUGACCCCCACAGGGCACUCCUCUCUACUACCCUGUUGGUGACAUCUGCAGAGAUCCAGGCCCACUUUUGCAUGUCCUAGUGGGAAAAAAUGCCACCAUUUCUCCUCCUUCAAAUCUUUCCAUAAUUGAGUAUUUUAACAGUUCAGAAGUUUAAUGCAUCUAUAGUAUCAGCAAGUAUCAGCUGCUGCAUUGUUAGUUUUCUGCUGCUGUGUGCUUAAAGAUGACAAGUUUGUUUUGCA